AUGCUCAGCAGCUUUGUAUUGCUCUCUCUUGUUUUGAAGACUUACUUGGUUUAUGCUGAGUACUCUUCUUCAGUCUCUGAUGGAACCAUCUAUUAUGAUUUGAAAUUUCAAUGCAAUGGCGAAGGUUCAGCUGCAGUUGGUACAUCGGGAAUGAAUGGUGGAACCAACGCUUGUGGUUAUUCUGCUGCUUCAUUGGGUUCAUCAAGAAUAGUCGCUGUUAAUAUCGGCCUUUUCUCUCGGGACAAAUGUGGAGCAGAAGUGACAAUCAUGCAGAACGGAGCUCCUGUCACCUUCUCGGAAGGUCCCUUGUUUAUAGGUGACAUUUGCGGUGGUUGCGGAGUUGACAAAGUCGAUUUUGGUGCGGCCGCAGCGAUCGAGAUGGGUGAUGGAGUCAGCUGCUUGAAUCCGUCGGGGUUCACGUACCAAAUAUCCGAUCAGAUUAUCGGUCCGGGAUACUCGUCUGAAGUAGAUGGAUCCCUUGCAGCGUGGAGACAAGGUGGUGGGACUGGUGUCACUGUCAACACAACUACCCCUGUCGCCUCUUCAGCGACAAUUGGCACUUCGACCAUCCUUGGGGGAGGAGCCCAAUCUUCCUCUGCAUAUCUAUCAGCCGCAAUUACCACUCCAUCAACAAGUCAAGCUGCCAAUCCUGCUACACAAGUUAGCAAUCCGGCUUCUCAAUCCGUUGGUUCUGCUAGUGAAUAUAACCCAGGUACUGCUGGCUCUAUGAUUUCAUCGUUGGUAUCUUCCUCCCCUACCACACAAACCUUGGCGACAACUCCGUCGGCCGCAAUAGGAGCUUCCACGACUUCUGCGACUUCCCAGAUUCAAGGUAGCUCGGCCUCAAGAGGAAGUUGGGGAGGACAUGGAGGCUGGACAAAGCCUGUCGCUGCGUUUGCUGAGCAAACAACAGAUGCGUCUACAAGUGAUCGAGCUUGCAAGAGGAGAAAGAGAAGAAGACUUGCUAUGUCACAUUGA